UGUCGAAUUUUCUAGAAUUUUUGUUAGUUAACACUUUAUACACUUAAUAAUUUAAUUUAAAUGUGGACUGGUUAAGUCAAUCGAUCAGUCAUUCAAAAUUUCUUAAUUUAAUUAAAUAAAAAUGUUUAGUUAACUAGAUCAAAAAAGUGUUACAAAUAAAUGACAGGGCCAGGCCACCCAUACAUACAUACAUGCAUACGCGCAAUAUACCAAUAAGUUAAGCUGAAGGGCAAAAUCGUCUUUGACAACACUCGGCUCGGCGAGCUCCUUGGAAUGGCCCGUUGUAUAUAAGUUAAGUAGUAGUAAUUGAAAUUUGUGGGCCUGGCCUUAUUUGUUUGUGCUUCUUUCCCUUUUUCCCGCCUAUUCAUUUCUGCAAAUCUUCCUCGCCACGAAACUCCUCUCCAUUGUUUCUGAAAGCUUCGAUUCAGCAAAAUUGGGAUAUUAUUAUUCAGGUUGCUCCGUCAUCUCCCCUCACAGCAUUUCAGUUCUAGCCUCGUCUUGUCGAUUCUCAAAUCUUCGAAAGUUUUUGUGGUCCUAGCUGCUGUUGUAUUGGUCUCCUGUUCACUCAGCUAAAUUUGCGAGAAUGGAGACUGAUCGAUUAAGGAACUCACAAGAUGGUCCCCGUAAUGAUUCUCGAAGUUUUGGCAGCAACUGUCAUCCGUAUAGCCAAUCCAGGAAAAUGUCGAUAGGAGUCAUCGUAGAUUCCUCAAUGAAAACACGACCCAAAACUACGAAGGCAGAUGAGGCUGGAGUACCAAUUGCAGAAGAGGUCUUUAUCAAGGCAAACUCCAUUGAUGUGGGAAAUAAUGCGGGAGGGAACGAUGCUACUAUUAUUGGAAAACAGGCUGAGGCUCCAGAGCAUGGGACAUCCCCAUGGGUCUCUACAAGAUCCUUCCACCAGAGAAGCCCAACUUCAGAUACCAUUCGUUUUGCAAAACUAACCAUGAACUUGCCAACUGAUGGCAGCAUGCCCAAUACAUCUAAUGGAGUAAAUGCAGCAGCAAGAAAAUAUUCUCUUCAGUCUUUUGGAAACCAAAUGGCAGUUUUACAGUCUGGUGAUGACAAUCAAAAGAAUUUUGAUCGGUUCUCAUUGAGAAGUGGAGGCAAGGAUGAAAUCAAAGAGAGGGAGGACAAAUGUUUGCCUUCAACUGUGCAGGAAACACUUGUGCCCAAAAAAGAAGAGGUGGUAGGUAAAACAACUGCAACUGUACCAGAUGACAGGAGGGAAGCUUUGAGAAUGAAACUUUGGGAUAUACUGGGGUCGGUUUCUUCGCCAAACAAGAAAAUUUCUCAGGCUCCUCAGUUAGGCUUAAAAGACUUAAACCUGGAGCACAACCACAGUAAAGAAAGUAAACUUGUCGUCAAGCUGCGGCAGAAUUCUGACACCAUAGAGACUGAUUCCGAAAGUCUUGAUCAUUCUCUUAGACGACCAGUUACUCGUUCUUUGACCAGGAAAAGAUCCUCAAAUAAAUUGCAGAGAAAUAAAAUUGGGAAUGUACCAUCUUCUACUUACACAUUGAAGCACCCAGAUAAGAAUAUUUUCUCUUUUGAAGAAGGAUUUUCUAAAAGAUCAGUUCCUAAUCCAAAGUCCCGUAGAAAGAAAAGUGAGAGAAAGGUUUUCAAAAUUGAGGCACAUAGGAUGUACGUUCCUUGUACGGACUGUGGAGAUGAGAUUGAGAAGACAACUGAUACAAGUAAAAAGACCAUGCCAGCUAGGAGGCAAUUGUCACUUGUCAAUAGAAUGGGAAGUUUUCAUAAUUUCCCUGCUGAGAACAGCAAUGAGUUUGUUAAUCCAGAUAAUCAAAUCAAGAAAAAAGAUCCCCUUCUCUUACCAGCAACAAAAAUGACAGAUCCACCGGAUAAGGUUAAGAAUUCAUCAUUCCGAGAAAAUUGGGGCAAGCAAGAUGAUUUGGCUAAUUCACCUCUAAAGAACACUGUGGACUCAGACUUGGGCAUCCAGAGCCCAACAUUUGAGAUUAGAACACCUUCCAAAAGCCAUUCUCCUAGCUUCCCAGCAACAAUGAAUGGCAAAAAUCUGAAUGAUCAAAGUCCUGGACAUUGUAGCUUCAAUAGCUUGUUAACCGCAAAACUAGAUUGUUGUAGGACAAAUAUGGGGAUGGAAUCUUUUGAUAAUGCAGAAGAAGAUUCUCCUUUCAUGAGAUCAGAGCCUGAAAUGGAAAGGAAAGAUGCAGAAAACAGUCUGUCUAAUUUGUCUUCAGAAGAAAGGGAUUCCAAGAGCUCUAAAGAAGAUUCACCUAUUAUUGAAGGUUAUAAAGGCAGGAGAACAGAAGUGCUGUCUCCAGAAAUUGGUGAUGCUGGGGAGCCAAAAAUUUUCAUUGAUAGGACUAUAAGGCUUUGGAGACAAGAAGAUAUCAAGUUCACUGAGUUCAGUCCCAUCCCAGCCUCCCCAAAAGGCACUCCUCCACUAAAUUCUAUAUGGACUGAGGACAAUAAUGAUCUCCAGGAACCUUCGUGCCAGAAUCAAGACGAUGAAAUGGCCAAAGCCAUCACUCUAAUUGCUUUGGCUUUACAACGAAUUAAAAGCAAAAUCAAGUCAGUGACUAUAAAGAAAUCUGCCGAAGUUCUAACAUCUGCUGCUGAGGGAAUAUAUUUGCAGCUUCAGAGUACUGAAUCUCAGAUUCAAAGUGAUGUGGGGAAGCUAACAGGGGUUAGCAAAUCAAAAAGAAAACGUUUAGAAGCUGAAUUUGAAGCGCAACAAGAACAACUGAAACUCUUACAUUCAAAGUUCAAAACAGAAAUUAAUCAACUGCUCCAGGAAUACAGGCACACAGUUGAAGGGCUGGAAGCACAGAGGAUAGAGCUUAAAGGAUCUGUAGAGAAGCAAAAAGCAUCACAGAAAAAGCUUCUCAAGCAAGCAGAAGAAGCAAUAGACACCCAACUUACUGAUGCUGAAAAAAGAAUAACUGCUGUCCAUAAGGCAAGUUCCUUUUUCUUAUUAUUUGAAUUGGAGUAUGUCUUGGUUUGUUAG